CUACAGACCACAGUGAACCAGUAGAUGAACAGCAGCGUCUCUCUGCACAGCUUCACAAACUGUUUUCAGGAGGGCAAGAUGAAGCUGGUUUGGCUCAGUGUUCUGCUCUGCCUUUUUGCCUGUCAUCUCAGUGAGGCCAGAGUCAUCCCAGAAGGAGUGCCAUAUGAUGAAUCACCAGCUGUUCCCUACUGGCCCUACUCCACCUCUGACUUCUGGAACUACAUUGAAUACUUCAGAUCCAUCGGUGCCUACAACCGUAUCAACGAGAUGGCCCGGGCCUUCUUCGCCCAUCAGCACCUUGGAGACACUCUGGGAUACGAGACCAAUGCGGGACAUGAACACUGAAAGGGGAGUUGAAUGGAGCAGGAAGACUGGGAAGGAGCUGAUGAGGAAAUAUAUACUUUGAGAGAAAGCGAGAAAUAAGAGGAAAUUAAUAUAGAAAUUCAAUGUAAAGCAUAGCAAGUAUAUGACUGUUGUAGUUUAGAUGUACAUGUAGAAUAGAGUAUAUAUCCCUUUUGUAGGACUGUAUGAUAUCUCCUGUGCCACAAAUUAAUAAACAUUUUUCAAAUAUGUGAUGAUCACCGGC